GCAAAGCCCAGAAUGGGACUCAGGGGUUGUUCGCACUUCGCCUCGUUGGUGAUUCCGCUCUGGGUGUUGUCGUUGUACUUCUUGUUGGUUGUGCCAGACGCAGCCCAGGCAACCAGUCUGGAUAUCGGAAAGGAAGAACGACGAGUGCAAGAUCUGGAGUCAAAAAUAGGAGCUGAAGCCGGUCAGUCCAGCGGUAGCAUUGUGGGACUCUCGCUUUCCGGGCUUGGUAACUCACGCAACAGAAUGGGCUUUGGAAACAGAGUGCCCCUGUUUUCCCGUCCACUUAUACCAAUCGAACUGGACCUGCUCCUGGACAAUGAUGACGAUCGGACGAAAGCGAAACGCUUUGAUGACUACGGCCAUAUGAGGUUCGGCAAGCGCGGAGGUGAUGACCAGUUUGAUGACUAUGGUCACAUGCGAUUCGGCCGGUAAUUUAAUAUCACGGAUCAAGGUGACGAUCGGGCAACCUGAGUGAUGUGCUUUUGUAAAUAGCUUAUAUGCGAAUACACCAAAAAUCAAUGUUAUCACGAUAGAACGUAAUAAACAAGGGCAUUUCAAACAGA